GUUAUUUUUUUUUCGUGAUAAGAAAAAAAAAAGACUUUUUCUCAGAGACAGUGUUGUAAAAUGUGCUUCUGGUGAAUAUUAGUGACAACGUGUGUGAAAUAGUUAUAGGAAGUGAACAUUAUUCAUCUCGACUAUUAGAAAACGAGCAGUUAAGGGCGGUCGCUGCAUCGGUAUACGCUUUAAAAUAGAUCUUAUUACAACCAUGGGGUCUGUGAUGAGGCCAGCCUGGAUAGACAUUAAAAGGAUGGAUGUCAAAGCAGUAAGGGUCAUGGGUUCAGUGGCGUUGUGGAGGAUCUUCGCCCUUAUAAUUCUGUUAGCGAUGAUAAGCACUAUCUACAUCCAAUCUGGCGUCAGAGAUCUACGCCGAAAGGCCGACAUCCGGGCAUCCGAGCGACCCUCCAAGAGAAUCCUUAUUUGGAAUGUUUACUUCGACAAGCGGGCGGAGGAGUGGGAGAGGGUGUUCCAGAGGCUCCUCAACCGCGACUGCUCCGUCAGCGACUGCGACAUCGUCUACGACCACAGGUUCCUCGACACAGCUGAUGCCGUCCUUCUGAAGAGGGUGCAGGACGACGUGCUUCCUCACUACCACCCCGAGGGCCAGGUGUGGGUCUUCUUCUCCCUCGAGGCCCUGCAGCACUACGACUGGAGGAUCCCGGAUGAGGCUCGACGCAUCUACAACUGGACGAUGACGUACCAUUCCUUCUCCGACGUCGUUGUUCCCUAUGGGCGUGCCACCCCCCUCCCCCCGCACGCCCAAAACCUCUCCUUAUCCUCUGAUAAGAGGAACUAUUGGCAGGAGAAGAAAAAGGACGGGGUGAUGGUGGCGUGGAUGGUCAGCCAUUGCCACACCGCCUCCAACAGGGAGGGCUACGUCGCUCACCUACAGAGGUUCAUGGAAGUUGACAUAUAUGGGAAAUGUGGCCCCAUGAGUUGCGCAGACCGGUUCACGCUCAGCCGCCUCACGCCCAACCACGAGGAGUGUUUUCAGAUCAUGGGCUCGUACAUGUUCUAUCUAGCUUUCGAGAAUGCAAUCAGCACGGAUUACGUCACCGAAAAACUGUUCAAGACUCUACAACUCGACGUUAUUCCGGUGGUGUUCGGAGGCGCCGACUACGCCUCCAUAGCGCCUCCGAAUUCCUACAUUAACGCCUUGGACUUCCUGUCUCCGAUUGACCUGGCUGAGUACCUGAAGAAGGUCGCUAGCAAUGAGACUCUUUAUAACAGCUACUUUCGCUGGAAGGGGAAAUAUAUGAUCGACCUAGGUCACCCCGUCAGGCCGCUCGUGUGUGACCUUUGCGCCAAGCUUCACGGUGUGCCUGUGGUCAGCGCCCCGAAGCCCUGGAGGAGCAAGUGCGCCGCCAGGAACCAAGAAGGAGCUCAGGAUCUCGAAGGAACCUACAGUGACAUCGAAGGAACGUACAAAGCUGUUGACAAUCUGCGUGCCUGGGAUUCUCAGACCUACACCUUGAGAAAAGUUUAUCUCUGAUUAAAGCUAAAGCUGUUUUUUUGUCAUUUAUUUGUAUGUUGAUUUAUUUAUUUGGUUAUUUGUUUGUUUGUUUCAUUGUUUAUUUAUUUAUUUAUCUAUAGAUUUAUCUAUAUACGUAUCUACAUCUUGA